GGAGCGCGGUUGCCAUGGAGACACCGCGCGGGGCUGCGGUUGCGGGCGCGGGGCGGCUCCUGCGGCUGUGAAGAAAAGAACCUAGACAUACUUAUGCUAUAAAAUGUAACUUUUUAGGGCUUCUACAGCCUUUCUGGCAAAGAACAGAAGGAAAAUGAGCCAGCUUCAGGCUUUGCUGAAUGAAUGCCUCAUCAGAACAAAGCACGUGGAGAACGCAGCCGCCAUCAGCAUAAGCGAGAGGGAAGUCUGCGCUUCGACCUCUGGCUUCUAUGUGCCACCAGAGAAUGCUAUAAACCUCACCUAUGCUUUCUACAAGAACUUGCUGCAAGUUAGAAAGGAAGGACUCUACUUCAAGCAGAAGCACUACAAAUGUGUUCGAGCAGACGAGCAUUCCAUCUAUCUUAAAAAUGCAGACGGAGGCCUCAUAGUUGUGAAGACCAAUGCUUUCAUCCUGAUUGCUACGUACAGAGUGGGCAUGUAUCCCAGUGUGUGUGUGGAAGCUGUGGAGAAACUCGCAGAUUACUUAAGAGAGAAGGGUAGCUGAAUCAGCAGAAAGCUCUAUCAAGCUCAGAAGGACUGUUCACCAGGAAAACAAGUACAGAAGCCUGACAUAUUACCCAAUUCCAGCAAGCACCUGCUGUUUUACCACGUUCCAGCUGCAGAGCAAAGGCUGUUUCCUUCUGUUUUUAUUUCAAGAACUCCUGAUGGUUCACAGCUCCCAGGAGCUCUCUGCAUGUAUCAUCCAAGUUUCUUAACAGAAUUUAGAGUGAUGUCCAUGGAAUUUGGUUUAAGAUGCUUUCCAUAAUCUUUUGUAUGUUGUCUUUUAGCUUGUUUCCAGAUAAGAAAAUUAUGACUCUCCCUAAGCAAAGUAACUUUGCUCACAGUGUUUCUCUAUGGCAUCACAGACCUAAGGGGCUAGGGAAAUUGUCACAUUAACAGAUUUUCAGAUUGUCCUGUACACCUUUGAAUAUUAAAAAUAAAACACAUUUUUCACAUGUUCA